AUGCCUCAAGGAUCCCUCCUAGGGGCGGUGGGGCCCCGGGAUCCUCCAAGGGGCGGUGGUGCUUGCAGGGACUCUCCCAGGGGCCCUCCUAGAGGCGGUGGCGCCCAUAGUGACAUAGGGAUACGCCCAGGGACACUUCCAGUGGCCGCGGUGACUCCACCAACCCUCCCAGGGGUAACAGCGCCUCCAGGAACCCUCACAGGGACGGCAGCACCCCCAGGGACUCUCCGAGGGACCCUAACACAAGCAAUGGCGCCCCCAGGGACCUUCCCAGUGGCGUUCACGAUCCUAAGGACCCUCCCAGGGACGGUGGUGCCUUCCAAAACCAUAAUCAGAGACAGCGGCAUCCCCAGGGUGCCUCCCAACCCAGAGUCCCUCACAGCGGCAGGCGGCACCCCCAGGAACCUUUUCAGGGCCGACAGGAGCCCUCCCAAAGGAAGUGGAGCCCACAGGGGCUCACUCAGGGGUAGUGGUUCCCCCAGGGGCCCUCCCAGGGCAAUGGAGCCUCCAAGUACCCCCAUUUGGACAUUGGCGCCCCCAAGGACCCUCCCAUUGGGCGACGAUGCUCAAAAUACCCUCCCAGAUACGGCGACGCCCCCAGGGAGCCUCCCAGAGGCUCUCCUAGUGGCGGCAGCACCCCCAGGAGCCUUCUCAGAAGCGGCAUUGCCUCCAGGGGCCCUCCCAAGGGUAGUGUAG